UUCAGCUCUAGGGACCCACAAACAAACACGCACAUACACUGCAACUACGAUCAGACACACACACACUAACAAACAAACACACACACACGCACAGAACAGAACAAACAGCAGGGUCCACCCUGACAGAGGUGACUAUCAGAGGAGACCCUCACUGGGAUUUGACGCCCAAGUCAUGAAGCUCCAGGGGGUACAGAUCCAGGGGACUAUCCUGAGGAAGACUACCCAGAGGAGGGCCCCCAUUCCUGGACUUACCCUGCGCUGGGCUCCCCUGUGGACUGGCCUCCUGGUUGUGUGUCUCAGUAUGGCCCCUGCCUGCAGCCAGUUAACGCAGGAGGACGAGGGGAGACUGCUGAAGCUCCACAACCACCACAGAGGCGAGGUGGAGCCCAGCGCAGCCAACAUGCUGGCCCUGCGAUGGGAUGAGAAGCUGCGAAUUCUUGCGGAGAGCUAUGCAGUCAAAUGUAUCUGGAACCACAACCCGGACCUGCAGGAGAUGAACACUGGGGAGAACCUGUACGUCACUGAAAGCUCACUGGACCUAGAACAGGCGCUGAAUGACUGGUUCCUGGAGCACCAAAGCUAUGAUUUCGCAACUACAGACUGUGAGGAGGGAAAGAUGUGUGGGCACUACACUCAGAUGGUGUGGGCGCAGUCGUCUGCAGUGGGCUGUGCCACCCAUCUCUGUGACACGAUGGAGGGGCUGGAAUUUAAGAAAUCCACCUUCUUGGUGUGCAAUUACUUCCCAGCGGGCAACUAUCCAGAAGUCCAACCCUAUGAGGAGGGAUCGCCAUGCUCCAAUUGUUCAAGCAAUGUCCCUGUCUGUCAGGACAGCCUGUGUGUACCUGAUCCUGAGCCCACAGACGGCCCCAUCCCUUCGGAUGAGACGACGUCAGACGGCCCUUACUCCGACGUCGAUGAAUCUUCCGACCCUCCACACGAGCCAGGCCUGGAGCCUACCUCCGGCCCUGGGACUACCCCUGGCCCUGGGACUACCUCCGGCCCUGGGACUACCUCCGGCCCUGGGACUACGUCCGACCCACAGCCCACCCAAGAGGACAGGGAGCCAACCGUGAAGGAACAGGCUCAGGACAGGGAAGAUCAGGAGAUGAAUAUUUCAUCUGCAGGAAUGUCUACUAAACCUGCCUUUGUCAUGAUUGGAAUAGUUGUCCUUCUCUCACUGGGGCUGUGAGGACUGUAUGUGUGUGGUGUAUAUGACUUGAUGUAAAUUUACCCGACAACACGCACUAUAUAAGUUCAUUCAUAAAACUGGAGUUGACCUGGACAUAAUGUUACAUCAGGGAUUUAUACUUAAUUAACCACAGCAUACCUUCUUAGCGAAAGCCAUAUGCACGGCACAGCAUCUUAAUAAUGCAUUACCAAUUCAUACUGUAUAAACCAAAUGUAGCUAUCCGCAACUAGUUUUGACAGCAAUACACAUACUUUACGAAUAUGAUUGGGAUUCCCUUUUCAAUACGGAAUGAUUCUGUACAUGUCUGUAUAUAAUAUGAAUAAACUAGGUGUUGGUUACUCGAUUGUCUAAUA